ACAUAAAGAGCUCUGCACACACUCUUUUCAUCUUCUCUAAUUUAUCUUUUGCAGCUGCACUACUUUCUCUCAAAGUAACACUACUCAGCUUGAAAGUCAGAAGAAUGCCAAGGAAGUCGUCUAGUGCUUCUCGCAGCGCGUGGAAGCUCUUGCGCGCAGCGCUGCUCUGGGUGAGGAAAGGCGGGGCGUUCAAGUUGCAGCUCCGCCUCGUGCCCAAGUUCCUCAAGACCCUCGGCCAGGCCACACCGCACAGCCAAAUCUGGUAUGGAGAGCGCGAGCUGUCGUUCGAAAAGAGCCCGGUUGUCCGCGUGAAGAUGCACCGCCCGGGGUCGAUGCGGUUUCACUUACCGCACAUCCCGUGCAUAAACCCCCACGUCGAUUUCGAUCCAGAAUUUGAGGAUGAUGACGACCGGCUAUGCUACGGGUACAACGCUGUGAGGAAGAGCUUCCUAAAAAAUGGAGGCGAAGAGGAAACUCGUUUUGACGAGGAGGAGGAUGGAAGAAUGGGAAUUGAGGAAGAGCAAGGGAUUGACAGAAGAGCAGAGGAGUUCAUAGCUAAAUUCUACGAACAAAUGAAGCUGCAAAGGCAAAUUUCAUACCUUCAGUACAAUGAGAUGCUAAACCAAAGCGCGAGCUAAUCCCGCAAUCAACAUUUGAUAAUUUUCGCACCACAUUCCAUUUUUGUCAAUGCAUAUUUGUAAAAGAGUCGCGGCACUUUGUAAAUAGUGCACAGUUCUCGAGAGUUUCAUUCAUUCUUUUCCACGACAUUUGCCUACUUGGUAACAUUUCUGUUCUAGAAAAUAAUUUUUUUUUAAAAAU